AUGUCGCCGCCAGCUUCUCUCAACUCGUCGUCUCAAUCAUCCUCGCCCCAGCCAGCGACUCCUCCCGACUUCCCUCUCGCAUCAGCGCCCUCCGCCUCGUCCGCGUCUGCGUUCGCGACUGCAUCCUUAUCCGCUGCUCCCGCCCAGCCUCGACACAGCUCCGGCUUCUCGUCCCUCCCCGCACUGCGCACACAGAAAGACGGCUCAGCACCAUCGCCGUCGCCCUCCCCGUCGACCGAUUGCGACGACGCCGCCAUGACUACCGGCCCAGGCCUCGAUCCUGGCAUGGCCCGCCCGCGGCAGGACUCGUUUGUCAGCGCCGGGCCCAAGCCCAUUUCCAUGAACAUCCAGAACCGCGACAAUGUCAACAGAAAUCGCCGCGAAAGCCUCGCCGGCAGCCUCAUGGGAGGCAUGAGCUGGGGAGGCAUGUCCUUUGGCAGCUUCGUUAGGGACGACAUCAUGAUGCAAAGCACCUCUCCGUUUACCGGAGGCGCACAUCAGUCUCCGUCAUUCCACUCAUCAUCGUACCUACCAAAGCUCGAGGCCAACUUCAUGCGUGACUUCACAUGCUGCGGCAAGAUUCUGCCCAACCUUCAUGACCUGCUUCAGCACUAUGAGGAGGCCCACACACAAGCCAGCCCCAGCGCUGUCAGGAACAGUGCUUUCAACCAGUUCGGCGCCCUGGGCAUUCAGGGCUCGCCCAAGAUGCCCAAUGCGAGGUCGACGCCGGCUCCUGGCAACGGCUCGCAGCAGAUGGGACAGCAGCGCCAGAUGGGCGGCCCUGGUCUCCAGAUGGGCGGGUCUCAGCGACUCGGCUCCUCCAUGCUGCAGAUGUCCACCUCAAUAAACAACAUGAACGACGAAAUGGAUGCUGUUGCUGACAUGGAAAUGGACGAUGCUCUCGGUACCAUGGACAUGGAUGACAGCCAGAAGAUGCACCAGACACGUCAGCUGUUUGGUCAGCAGCAGCGGCCACAGCUCAACAUGAACACCUCUGGUAUCACACAGGGUCUCCGGACGUCCCAGCCGCCCACCCCCGCCGCCCAGAGCUUUGGAUUCCAGAACAACCCUACAGUUUCAUCCGUCAAUACCCCUACCCUCACGACCCAGCAGCAGAUGCCGCAGCAGCAGGCUCAGCAGCAGGGCAUGAGCGAGAUGGACGAGGAUCUGCCUGGCAUGCCCAUGGGCGGCGACGCCACUGAUCUCGGUGACAUGACGUUUGGCAACGGCAACAACAACGACGGCAACGACUCCAACUUCUGCAUCAACGACCCCGGCAAGCACCUCUUCAGCCCCAACGGCGCAUUCCCUCAGGGCAACCGAUCCAUACAAGCACAGCUUGCGCAGCUCGGUUUGACUCACGGCCAGUUUGCGGACCCGGAGGCCAACAAAGUUCUGCUUGCUCGACUGCAGAGCAUGAUGAUGCCGGAGGAACACAAGCCGUUCAAGUGCCCCGUCAUCGGCUGCGAGAAGGCAUACAAGAACCAGAAUGGACUCAAGUACCACAAGGCUCACGGUCACCAAACCCAGCAGCUACACGAAAAUGGCGACGGAACAUUCUCAAUCGUGAACCCAGAGACAAGCGCUCCUUACCCAGGUACCUUGGGUAUGGAAAAGGAGAAGCCCUUCAACUGCGAAACAUGCGGCAAGCGUUACAAGAAUCUUAAUGGCCUGAAAUACCACAAAUCUCACUCGCUUCCUUGCAACCCUGAGUUUAAGCUUCAGGCACUCGCCGCCGGUCUGAAUCUGCCGGGCAUCGGAGAGGAUGUAAUGCUGCAGUGA